UGACGACAGAGUUGCGCCGGCGUCCGGGUCUGAGAAGAGCGGGAGGAGGUGGCGGCCUUGGGAAGAUGCUGGAGACCUAGGCUCGCCACACCGGGCCCGACCUGAGUAGUGAGUGGAGAAAGAGGGUGGGAGGCGAGGUCGAUGUCUGUGGCCGGAGCGGACGGUGCAGAUUGCGAGCCGGCCUAAAAGGCUGCUCUUUGGCGUAAAUUGCAAUCGAUUAGGGAUCGUUUCUCAGACUCAAGUUAGAAGUGAGAGUUCAGAUAAGUGAGGCCGACAUUGCUGCCUUGAAGAAGGGGAGAAUGGAUUUAUCAGGAGUGAAAAAGAAGAGCUUGCUAGGAGUCAAAGAGAAUAAUAAAAAGUCCAGCACUAGGGCUCCUUCUCCUACCAAACGCAAGGACCGAUCUGAUGAGAAGUCCAAGGAUCGAUCUAAAGAUAAAGGGGCCACUAAAGAGUCAAGUGAGAAGGAUCGUGGCAGAGAUAAGACUCGGAAGAGACGCAGUGCUUCAAGCGGAAGCAGCAGUACCAGGUCUAGGUCCAGCUCAACCUCCAGCUCGGGAUCCAGCACCAGCACAGGCUCAAGCAGUGGCUCUAGCUCGUCCUCUGCAUCCAGCCGCUCAGGAAGCUCCAGCACAUCCCGGAGCUCCAGUUCUAGCAGCUCCUCCGGCUCCCCAAGCCCUUCUCGGCGCAGGCAUGACAACAGGCGGCGUUCCCGCUCCAAGAUGCAUCCUCACCUCUCCAAAGGCUAUGCAUAUGUGGAGUUUGAGAAUCCCGAUGAAGCAGAGAAGGCUCUGAAACACAUGGAUGGAGGACAAAUUGAUGGCCAAGAGAUCACUGCUACUGCUGUGUUGGCACCGUGGCCUCGGCCACCACCUCGGCGAUUCAGCCCUCCCAGGAGGAUGUCUCGAUCCCCAAGACGCAGGUCCCCUGUGCGUAGGAGGUCUCGCUCUCCUGGCCGCCGCCGCCACAGGAGCCGAUCCAGCUCCAACUCCUCCCGAUAAGCAGGGACAUUGAUUGGUACCUCUGUAACUUAUGUUCCCCAGACUCGGUUUUGUCCUUUUCUCUAGCCAAGUGAGGAUCUGUAGGGAAGGAUCCCUUACUGGGUAGGCUUUGAAGACAGCAGUUGAGAUAUUUCCUCUACAGAAGGGUUCUGGCUUGUAGAGGUACUGUUGAUUCAGGACUGUUCCCAUAGAGGUACCCUGUAGUUUUCUGGCUAGAAAGUUCAUCCCUUCAGUUCUUGAUAGUCUGGUAGCAGAGCCAGGUGGAACCUAUGGCAGCACACUGAUUUCCACAGAUGACCCAGAACCAGACAUCCUGGUCUAGCCCCCGCUGUGCCACACCUGUGGAAAGGACCACACUGCUGUUCUGUUGGGCCCGACCAUGCCCUGCUGAGUACUCUUCAACUUAGAGGGCUAAAACCUUUGAAGGAUUCCUCCACAAAUGGUUACCUUUCUGUCCCCGAGUCUCUGUUACUUUCUAGAAUUUGUGAGCCAGUUCUACAGGGUCCUCAUGAAACCUAGCCCACCCCAUUGUCACCUGCCAUUCAUGGUGAUGUUGCAGGUUAACCUUGGCAGUGUGUACAUUGCCCCUUUUUGCUUUUAUUGUACAGUCAGUACUAUAAAAUUUGUUUUGAGUUUUAUAACUUUGUAGCAUUUUAGAUAAGGUUGUGUUUGUACUUGUGUAGAGUGAAAGGACUGUUGAAUAAAACCUAGGAUUAGAAUGCAAA